AUGGUGGUUUCACGGCGACGAUUUCUCGGUCAAUUCGAGCUUCAAAUUCGAUCAGCCGGCCUAUCGGACAACGCUGAUCUCACCAGACCUGUAAAUUCACCAAGCUCACUAAUGAUGGAACUAGGACUUGUGCUGGUUCGAAAGAUGAAAGCACCUUGGGAGUUGCCAUUGCUGCGAUAUAAGGGUCGCUUGCUGUUUACCUCGGUGGAUGCUAAAAUAAAUGAAAAUCGUUCCUGUAUCCGAGAACAAAAGAAACAUAAGAGUUCAUCAGUUGAAAAAGAUUUGAUUUACUCCGUUUAG